CUACAUGUAUACAUGUAUGUCAGAAUUACCAAAUGUUUGAUAUCCAAUAGCUGAUGAUUAAUCAGGUGUAAUUAGGUGUAACAAGUGUAAUUAGGAGUUUGAUAUUGAGACUGUAAAUAUGUGUUUGACUCGUCUUUACAUUGCUAUCGGAAAAAGCUAUGCUGUAAGUAUACUCGGGAGUCUGGGACCUAAUUUACUAAACUCUCGCAACUUUGCGAUCUCGCAGUGCAAUGCUAAAAGACUUGCAAAGAGGAUGCUUUGUUGUCUAGCAGAGCCUAAGAGACCUUUGUGAAUUAGGCUCCAAAUAUCUACACUAUAAUGUCACUUUCUAGCAUUUGCCUCUAGCUUAAAGUUUCAGAAGGAAAGAUUUGUUCCUACUCCACAAUAUGAAUUUAAAACCUUGUAUACCACACAUGGAUUAUAUUCUUGUAUUCAGGAACAGCGGCCCCUGGUGUUGGUCUGGAGGAAGAGUGGAAAUCGUUGACCGAAGAGAGCAGCCAAGCUGUGCAGUACAACCCGCAUCGUUCACUGUCUGUCGACCAGCAGAGACAAAAGUUGCCCAUCUUUCAGAUGACGUUGACCCAGUGCGAAGAUGUCUGACUGCCAGUUUCUUUGUGAAUGCUACCAAGCUGCACUACACCAGCGUCUACAGGACUAUACACGACGACCACGUCCUGCACAUCCAUCCAACCUCCUUUGUAGUUUAAUCCCGAUGAUAGAUAAUUUUUAAAGAAAGAAAUGUUU